UGACAGCACAUGGCAUAAAUGGAGAUUUUAGAAGACUCAAAGUUAUUUUAAAAUGCCACACAUUUGACGGAAGACAUACAGGAGACCUAGUUUUAGAAAAUAUUAAGACUAUGUUAAAGGAAUGGGGCGUCGUAAAAGAGAAAAUUCACUGCUUUGUACGCGACUCUGGAUCUAAUAUGAUACGAGCAAUGAAACUCGGCGACAUACCUGAUGUCAGUUGCACUAUACACCAGUUGCAACUGUGUGUACGAACAUUAUUAGAUUGUGAUGAAGACAUUAAAGCCUUAAUAUCGAAAUGCAAAAAAAUUUCGACGCAUUUCAAUCAUUCCCAAAUAGCCCGGACUGAACUGCACAAAAUACAAAAGGAACAACUCAACCAAGAAUGUUUGAGUGUAAUACAGGAGUGUAGUACGCGGUGGAACAGUACAUUUUAUAUGUUACAAAGAAUGAUUAGAAUACAAGAUUCUCUAUGCCUGUACGCAUCUAAGCACAACAUCUCUCAAUUGUCUCCUGAAGAAUGGCUGCAGCUUAAAAAAAUAGUGACUAUACUUCAACCUUUUGAAGAAAUUACCCGAAAUAUGAGUGACAAUAACACAAGUAUCUCAUCAGUAAUUCCACUUAUACACACUCUUAAGUAUACAUUACACACUGAAGGCAAUAAACAAGACACAAAUGAAAAAUUUAAAAGUAUAAUAAAAAGUACCGUCGAUCAAUUAAAUUCUAGAUUUAGUGACCUUCAAUCAAACAAUUUCUUUGCAAUAGCAACAUAUUUAGAUCCUCGUUAUAAAACAAAAUUUUUUAAUGAAGUGGCUAAACAGAACAUUGAAACAGAGAUAAUGUCAAUAUUUGAUGCAGCAGAUACUUCUAAAAACGAGGCUGAUAAUAUUGUCGCUCCUGUAGAAAAACGGGCAAGAAUGGAAUUACCAGCAGAAACUAGCCAUAGUAGUAAUGUGCAAUCAGUUUUGUCAAACAUAUUAUUAAGUAGUGAUGAAGAAGACGAUAAUAAUACCACACUUGAUAAAAGUCCAGUUUUUGAUAAAUUUGUCUUCGUAAAAAAUAUACUAAAUGAGUUCAAUAAAGAAAAACGUAUUAGUAUUAGUGAUGAUCCGCUAUUAUGGUGGAAAGUUAAUGGUAAUACCAAAUUCCAGCCCCUGCAAUCAAUUGCUCGUCAAUUUUUGUCUUGUCCACCAAGCUCGGUAGCGAGCGAACAACUUUUUAGUGGCGCUGGCCUAAUCUACGACCCCUUAAGAAACAGAUUAGAGGGAGACAAAGCUUCAAAGCUUUUAUUCGUCAAAUAUAAUACGCUACUUUUAGAGUCAAUUAAUACGAUUUAAUUUUUUUAAAGCUUUUGUUCGUUAGUAUAAUUUAAUUACUAAUUGAUUAGUACAUGCUACUUCGGGUUUAAAUUCAUUCUAUUUAAACUUGUUGUUUAUAUGCCAAUUUUGUUCAUUUUUUAUGUUUUAUCAUAAAACAUAAAACUUUUAUGUUACAACUGAAACUUAAAAUAAAAAAAAUACUACAUAAUGUUUUAUUUGUCCUUAAAUAAUAAUUCUCUCUCAUGUCACCCUGCUUCCGAUUCCGAUUCCGACUGCGGUUCCGAUUCCGAGAAAGCAAAUUUAAAAACUCCGAUUCCGGCUUCGGUUCCGAUAAAACUGCUUCCGUUACAUCCCUACUUUAUAAAAUAUGUAAAGUGAAUUUAAAAUCAAGAAGAAAACAAAUCAAUAAAGGCUAGAAAUUGACUCAAAAUAUUUGAAGUUUACAUUGGAUAAUUCGUAUUGAAAUAA